AUGGGCCCGGAGCCGGAUGCCUCCACCCCGCCACGACCCGAAGCUGCCCCACAGGUGGAGGCCACCAAGGCUGCUGCUGCUAUGGAGGCAGCGGCCGCAGCUUCAGGUGACGAGGCCGGGCCCUCACCAGCCGAGCCGGCGGAUGAGGGGGCCGCUGCCACGGCGGAGGCUGCAGCGCCGGAGGCAGCAGAGGUGGCGGCACCGGAGGUAGCGGAAGAGGCGGAGGAGGUGGCACCAGGGGUCGCCGAAGUUGGCAGCAGCGUCUCCCCACCGGCAGAGGAGGAGGAACCGGAGGUUCGCCUGGGUGACCGCAUCAACUCCGUCUCUGCCUGCUACGCCGAGGAGCGCGCCAAGCUCGUGCAUGGGCACGAGCUUCUGCAGGAGGAGCUGGAGCAAGCUCGCGUCCGAGAGGCGGCGGCGCUCCAGCGGGAGAAGGCGGCCAGGCGGCGGGAAACGGAAGCCCUUGAGGGGCUGAUCGCCGUGGAGGAGAUGAAGGUGGCGUUAGCAGACAGGGAGCGGGUCGCCCAGGAGCUGGCGGCCCAGGCCAGGAAGGCGUCAGCAGCGGUCGAGGCGGAAAAGGCCGCCCUCGCAGAUUUGGCGGCGGCGGCAGCAAAGAAAGAAGAAUGGCUGGCCGCCCGUGAAGCAGAGGAGGCUCCUUCGCUAUUUAGCGCCGCGCUUCAACUGCUGGACACCACCGCCAGGCGGCUACAGGAUGCGGGGGCCGGGAUGCAGGAUCUCCUGGAGACAGAGGGGCGAAUAGUUGCUAGGGGGAUGGACGAGUACAUCCUCACCAGCUUCCGGAGCCAUGACCCCUCAAUCCAGCUGACUCCUGUCAUGGUCGGACCCCUCCGGGCGACCGCAGCCGCCGCGUGA